AAUAGACGUCAUACAAAAACCUCACAGUUAUACCCAGUAAAAAUGAAAUGAUGUAAAACACUUAGUUUCAAUGUUCUAAACUAUUGUGAACCUGUUUUUUAUCGAGUUGACUCUCGCGUACGGGUUUACUCCUGGAAUCCGCCAUCUUUGAAAGAAGCAUGUGGUUGAGCAAGUUUGAUGACUGUUACACGACGCAGACUCUCUCAGUGUUCCUUCCCAGUGUUCCGGUGGGGAAGGACUACAUGAAGCGUCUGCGUGGGAGCUUACACGUGUGCGAUGAGUAAUGCUCCAUUUAUGGUUUCUGAUCUGUCCAUUUUUAAUCUCUGACGUCAUCAUUGCUUCCACGGUUGCUGCGCAGCAAUUGCGCCUAUUUCGUAUUUGUUUACGAUUACUCUUUCCCCUGAAGUAAAUUCGUUGAAGAUAUAAACCUUUUCGGCACCAUUUGAAGUCUAGCAUACACGUAAGUCAUGGGUAAAACUACUGAGUAUCCGGUAAAAAGCCAUAUUUCAUUUGACGCCUUGGAGAAUCCGCCGUGGCAAACGCGUACGAAUGAAAGGCAACCGAAGACGGUUACAGAAAUGAUUACUCAGAUCAAAGAGUAUCACACGAGAUGGGAACAAGCCAGCGCGAAGAAUACAUACAACGAGGAGCUGGUCAAGAAAGUAGAGGAGCAGUUUCUCUUCAAUUUUAUUUACCAUGUUAACUUGGAGGAAGGACAUGGGCUAACCACUUCUGAGGAGACCGAGGCCUUUCUCAGAAAUUGUUCUUCUGGAAGGAACUCAAACAGCUUCUCGCUCGAAGAACAAGAAACUAUAAAUUUAAGGGUUGCCUACGAAAACUUGUUAGCUAAGAUUAACAACGAAGAACUAGCAAGCGAUUACGGACUUCUGGAAGUCAGUUUGCUAUUGAAGGACUUUGAUGACUUUUACAGUUUAUUCAAAACAUGUGCUUGGUUGCUGUUUGAACUUCUUGAUCUUCACCCAUUUUCUGACGGAAAUGGCAGACUUUGUCGAAUCCUUUGCAGCUAUUCACUGUCCAAAUUAAAUCCAUUUCCCACGCCAAUUUACAAUGUCUGGACAGACUCCUGUAAACAUGAUUACAUUGAAGCCUUAGUCGAAGCCAGAAGGUCACCUUGCAGGCAUCCUUGCGCCCUGACAACAAUGAUGAUAGAAUGCAGUUAUUAUGGGUGGGAGAGCUUUUUCAAAGUUUUGGAUGAAGAAGCAAAGAGCAGAACUUGUGUUAAGGAUGCCUCCUUAAUCCAAACCAUGGCUGAGGAAUGUUUGUUAUCUCCACCCACACAAAAGUUUGAGAGUGCUUACAAACAUUCACAUACUUUGCAGUAUAUACCUUGCUCCGUACAGUUUUGUGUAUGUUAGUUAUGUUUGUGACAGUUUCAGAGUUAGCGAAAAUCAAUAAUUAGUCAACUACUGUGCUAAUGAUAAAGGGAAGUAAAAUUCAGGCCUGGCCCCAGUUGUUCAAAGGCUGGAUAACGUUCUCCAUGGGAUAAAUUGCUAUCCAGUGGAUAAAUGUUAACAAAACAAACCAGAUUAUUUGCUGGAUAGUGAUUUACACAUAUUCAGUGGAUGGUGUUAUCCACUUUUCAAACAGCCGGGGAGUUAUGGAGGACUUCACCAAAAACUCUCCUUGGAAGCCAGUUUUAUGCUCCCUCAAGAGACCUUAAAGUGCUGUGAUUAAACAGUUUUGUUAGAUAUCAAGCACCAUUGGAUAAGUGAAAAUCUUAAUUACUCUAAAGAUCAGAAUCUUUCUUUUUCCCAUUCCGUUUUUUCAUUUGGUACUCAUUUGUUAGGUUAUGGAGGACUUUCACCAAAAACUCUCCCUGGAAACCAGUUUUAAACUUCCCCAAGGAGGUCUUUAAGUGCUGUGAUUGAGCGGUUUUGUUAGAGAUCAAUGGGGACUAUUAUUGGAUAAGUGAAAAUCUUAAUUUCUCCAAAGAUCAGAAUCUCUCUUUUCUUUUUGCAAAGUGAAACACAUCAUUACUUACAUUACUUACUGUCAAUAUGAGUUACUUACACCACUGGCAUUUCAAUACUCUACUUACAUAACAAUAGUCCAUGAUAUUUUUUGGAAGGAAACCAGCAUGUAAUUAAUGGAUAUCUCAGUCCAUUGAAUUAUUUCAUUGUAGCAUAGUAAGACCUAAGCUACAAGGUACCCCUAUCUCCAAAAAGAAAAAAUACGUCAAGAUUCUUACUGGCUGUUUCAGUUUAUAGCUUCCUUCUGUUCACUUUCAGUUUGAAAACCCUGAGAGCCUGGAACAUUUGACAAGCUGUAGUUGACUUACGUUGGCAUAAGCAUAACUGAGAAGAGCUACAAUUCUCAAUGCUGAUAAUCCUCAUUAUCAUAUGAUGAUUAAAAAGUAGCUUGCAAAACACCCAAUUUAAGACCAGCGUGCACAAACCAUACCCUCAUACCCAGAGGGUGAUUGAUGUCAUGUUUUGUGAGUUACAAGGAAAAGAUACCUAGCAGAAGGUUUUUUUUAAGAUCAGUUUUGAACAACAGAUAUGCUGUAAUGUGAGGAAUUGCAUUUUAAAUUUUUCAUACAAAUGUCUCUAAAUUUUUCUGCAAAUAAUGCAACUUGGUAGCUGUUUCCUUCAAAUUUGAUCAGGUAGCUAAAUUGAUCGAAGAGGUGCAGUAGCCUCAUGGUUAGUGCGCUCGACUCCAUAUCACGCAGUCUGUAUUCGAGCCCUGCCCGGAGGCAUUGUGUUGUAUUCUUGGGCAAGGCACUUUACCCUUGCAGUGCCUCUCUCCACCCAGGUGUAUAAAUGGGUA